UCUCUCUCUUCUCUCUGGAGCUGUCUUUGGAUUCAAGAAGAGAAGGGAAACAAACUGUACGAGGAUCUUUGCUGCAAGAAUUUUGAAUUAAAUAUAUUUUGAAAUUAUUAACAGGGAAAAUAGAAAUUCAAAUGGGUAAGCUAUUAUGCGAUUCAACGACCGUUGCGGAGACAUUUCAAACGGCUUCUCCGACCGUACAUUGGAGAGACCCGAAGCCAUCCGUCGAUCUCGUUGACCAGUCCAACGUAGUCGUAACCGCGGUGGCUGAUGGCGCGUGGGAGGAUGUGAUCGGUCUAGAGGAGCAGCAGAGACGGCAUUUACAAAGACUCCACGCGAAGGGAGUCCUCUGGAAGCAUCCGGAGGACCAGUCGCGUUCGAUAGUUUUCAAGUUGUCUCACGGAGGAGAGGUGUUGGCGGACGGGAACUGCCUCUUCACGGCAUCGCAAAAGGCAAUAGCGCGUGAGAUAGACGCGCGAGAAUUGCGGAGGCGGACGGUGAGGAGGUUUACGGAGGACCUUAAAUCGGUGAGUGAAGAGGAUAGAGAAGCUAUAAACGAUGCGAUUAGGCAUAUGUACUCCCCGGAUCUGAAAAAAGGGUGGGGGAUCCACGUUGUUCAAGAGGUGAAAAUGUUGGCCAAGAAAGAAGAUCGGGUCGGGUUGGACUCCGCUAUUGACGAGCUCGUUCAGCUCGGUAUGCAAAGAGAGAUGGCGGCGGAAUCUAUAUACAAAGAGAGAUGUAUUCCCGUGAAUGAUGGCCCGAGUUGGGCUAAGUACAUGUUGAUCUCUGGUUCACCUGAUGAUGAGUAUGAUAUCAUCACUUUGCAGUAUACUGAGGACGGUUUAUUAUCUGUAGAUGAGAACAGAGAAGGUCAUGCUGCUGCUUUCGGAGAUGAUAUUGCUAUCGAGUGUCUUGCAACAGAGUUCAAGCGAGAGAUAUAUGUGGUGCAAGCACAUGGAUCCGAUGCAAUGGCUGACGAAGAAAAUUGUGUCUUCUUCCUUCCACAUCACCCAAGAAGUGAAAUUUGUGAACCUCCAUUUUUCCUAUUUAUGAAAGGAACCGGUUGGUGUGGUGCUGGAGCUGAUCAUUAUGAGCCAUUAAUCGCCCAUCCAUGUGCACUUGUCUCCAAUGAGAAGGUUGCUCUGGUACUUUGAGGACAUUAGUCUGCAGUUUUGUGGCGUAGAGUUUGAGUAGAAGUAGUUAUAUUCUUUUUUCUCCUCUCGUUGUCAUGCAGUUUAGUUCUCGUGAUUCUUUUCUGGGUCACAAGGAGAAUAUUGCAUAGAAAUCAUUUUUUUGUUAACAUUUUUUUAGAGUUGGUCAUCUUUGACUCUUAACUAGCAGGUUUCGUGCCUGCAAUUGAGCAAACCCUGUAAUGUUUUGUAGUGUUUUUUGCCGGCUUCUCUUGUUA